AUGAGCUCGUACUUCGCCAACUCGUACCUACCGGAUAUGCGGCCGGCGGCAGGCGUGGGUAACGGCGACCACUACGGGCCGCCGCACCAGCAGCAGCAACCCAACGGGGACCACUGCGACCAGCGGCAGUACCUCCCGUACGGGGGCUCGCCGGGCCACCAGGGUUACCCGCGGUUUCCGCCGUAUGAUAGGCUGGAGAUCCGGGCCAUCAGCAGCGCGCCGGACUCCCCCAGCCCACCGAGCGGCUACUACGGUAACCACUGCGGGGCCCCGCCGGCGCCGCCGCCGCCGACGCCGGUCCAGCAGCAGCAGCCCCCUCAAGCGAUGACCCACCCGAACGCGUACGUGCCGGCCCCCGUAGAGGCCCCCAACUGCCGGGGCUCGCCCAGCGAGGCCCCCGUGCCGCCGGCCAUGGCGCAGUACCCGAGCUGCAAGAUGCAGACGGGACACCUGGCCGGAGACGUGCACGGCGUCACCGGGCGCGGCGGCGGCGACUGCGGCUCGGCGGCCGUCAUGCACGGCGGAGCCUGCGGCAGUCCGCCCGGGGUCCACUCUCCGCCGCUGCAGCAGCAGCAGCAGCAGCUCUACUCGCCGGGACACGGCGGCAUGCCGCCCAACGGGCAGCAGCCACCCACGCACAACUCGGGGGCCAUGCCGAGCCCCCUCUACCCCUGGAUGCGGAGCCAGUUUGAGCGAAAGCGGGGCCGCCAGACGUACACGCGCUACCAGACUCUGGAGCUGGAGAAGGAGUUCCACUUUAACCGCUACCUGACCCGCCGGAGGAGGAUAGAGAUCGCGCAUGCCCUGUGCCUCACCGAGAGGCAGAUCAAGAUCUGGUUCCAGAACCGGCGCAUGAAGUGGAAGAAGGAGAACAAGGCCAAGCUCGAAGCCGGCCUCGCCUUGGGCCACGGUCCGCCGGAACUCAGCCACCACCCCGACCACGGGCCGCAGUAG